ACGUACGCGUUUAAGGUGCCAGUUUAGCUAUAUUCUGAGACUGUCGUAAUAUUUCACAUUGUCUUGUUUAUUCAAAUAACAAACUGGUGACAAGCGAGCAAAAAUACCUUCUCUCACUCCGUAUUCCAUCGUAGUUGUUUAAACGCUAGUGAUAUAUAUUAAGUGAAAUUCAAGCAAACGCGAAAAACUAAGUUGGCAACUGAGACAUUGCCUAGUGCGUUGUUCAUGAGAGAGGUUUGAGGUCCAAGAUUAGCAUUUUUAUUAUCUUCAUCUCUCGUCCGCUUCUCUCCAAGACGAUUCCCGAACCGGCGCUGCUUCUGCCCUGCGAGGGAGGAGUCGGACCCAGUGAAGAAGGCCGAACGCCGGACACUGCUCACUCCCCCCUCGACUUCCCCAUUGAAUUCGCCACUCGCGAAUGGAGGCAGCGUCGAAGGCAAGGCCGGAGGGAGGCCUGAGCACUGCGUCGGGUGAGCAGCUUCCCCUCGUGGAAUCCGCAGGUAAAGUGAAACCCUCGCUUCAUGCAGGCCGUUGUUCAACUCACGGUGGCUUCCGGCUCUUCUGGUGUGAUACGUGCAGAACGUGGGUCUGCCGGGAGUGCACGGUAGUGGAUCACCCCAACGACCUGUGCGAGGUCCUUCCUUUGAAGGAGGCCGUCAGCGCCUUCCAGAGAAAGGAGGAGGACGCCGUAGCUCAGCUGAAACUCCGUCGCUUGCAGACGUUCUCUCUGAUCAGGAAGGGAGACGAAUUAAAAGCCGCCGUCCAGCGGCUUCUGAAGGUUCACGGAGACCUGAUGGAAGACCUUCAGAAGGAACAAGAAACACUGGAAGCUUUCCUUGAAAGAAAGGAAGAAAAGACUCCUGAUCUAGAAAGGGUCUUGCGAGGCUUGGCUGAAGAAUCUGAGAGCGAGGAUUCCGAAGACUCUGAUGAGAGCGAGGAUUCCGAAGACUCCGCAGCAGAGAACGGGAAGGACAGAGCUGCCAGGUCUCGGCAGACUUUAGAGGGUUGGCACCAGAAGCAGAAGGAGCGGAUGACUCGACUCACCAAAUGCUUAGAGGCCAAUCACACCAGGAAGAUGGAAAAGAUCCAGUUCUCCAUCUCGGCGCUCCAGCGGUUGAACAUCAUGACGGCUUCAAAACCAGAAAAAAAUGGCUUGAAUUUGAAAAGGCUGACUCAGAGGAAUCUGACAUUGAAAUCAUUGAGAGAGGCUUUGGCUAAAGAUCCAGACAUGUUUGCAAGAGGCUUAAUACUUGAGCUGUACUCGGGUACAUUCUCUCCUAGAGAUGUUUGCCGAGCUUUGGGAGAGGACAACAUUAAGUGUAUAGAACAAACAUAUAAUAAUAUCUCUAUCAUGACAGUAAAGAACACGACGGUCAGAGAUCACAUAGCAUCGACGUUCAAAUCAAUCGAUUUCAGGCGUCGGGGCAAUGCAAACCCUUCGAUUCCGACAAACAACUCAAGUUAUAAGCUACACAACGUGGCUCCAACUUCAGCCCGCGUGGAGGGCAUCCUGACGGGGAUCCCCACGUUCCUGUCUUCAAGAAAUCUCGACGGGCUGCAGGAGGCAUUGUCAGACGCUUUUCCCCUCCUAGGGAAGGUCAAGUUGCGUCCCUUGGCGUGGGAGAAUACGGACAUACAGAGCGGAAGGUUGGCCUUUUCGUCUGAGACAGAGGAUCUUGAAGCCCUUGACAACUUCUUCCAAAGUUUCAACAGGGAAUUUGACUUCAGCAAUUUUACGGGGAAACUGACAGAUAUAAAGGUCAAGUCCCAGAACAAGGAAGCUUUCUUGCCGGAAAAUCCUUUUGAACAAGGUUUUACAUUUAAGAGUUGGGACUUGCAAGAGGGAAAUACUUACCUAGUUAUUGGUUUUUGAAAUGUUGUAUUGAUUCAGUACAUAUCAGAAAAGAAGAAAAAUUGACGAUUUUAGUGACAAGAGUAAUUAUCUUUAUUAUUGAUUAUUUUUAGAUAGAUUUUCUUAACCAUUUUAUAGUAUUCCUAAGCAUUAUUCUCACCACAAUUUACUACAUUGUUUUAAGUUGUUUUUUUGUGUAAAUGAAGUUCAGAGCAAGUAUUUUAAGAAGAGGUACAUAACUUUUGUCCUGAACUCUUGCGUCGAGGUCAGAUAUGAUUACUGGAAUGUGUAGACAUUCUAAUGCUUUAAAAAAUAUCCAUCCAAUGCCAUGUCCCAGACAAAAGACUCUGUUGGUUGUAAGGUUUAGGUUGGCUUUUAAAGAGCUAGAGCCGUGCUCUUUAGCCUUUUUAGAGUCGCGGACCCCUUUAGGAAUGCGAUGAAAGCUAGGGACCCCUUCCCCCAGAAAUAUUCACUUCAAUACAACUUGGCAGUAUGUAUAAUGUUUUUUAUUUAUCGGAUUUGAUAGUCUCAUGCAUAUAUGAGGUACACAAAGUAUUAUUAUACUUUAAAGUAAACAGUCAAAACACAAAACAAAAAAACACCGAUAUAAAUUUUAGAUUUUAUCUGAUCCUGACGAACCCACUAGACCCAGGUGGACCGCCGUCAAGGACCCCAUAGCUAGAGGAAUUUGAAAAAUGAAUGAAAUGUCAAAAGACGUCAGCACUGGCCCAAAAGUUGCCGAGGUCAUGCGAUCGGUUUUUGGGCCGAUGUAAAUGAGAAGGAAAUCUCUGCAGGAAGAAAAGCCCAAAAUUGCCUGGCCUUGGACUGUGCUUGAGCCACAGUGCUAAAUCAGUUGACUUUAUUACAAAUCAGACAUGGGCUGCCUCGUUACUCGUAAGGUUCUUUGGAAGAAGGAUAUAACACUUGUUCUUGAGCAAGAAUGAUUUAAGUAUGGUUUGUAAGAUGUCAAAUGAAUAUGCAAUUCCAUAAAUUGUCCUACUUUGUAUACAUUUAAUUAUUGUAAUGACAUAAAAUAACUUACAGCGAGAAA